CUUUUACCAGCUAGAGCCCUCAACAGCUAUUCAGAAACAACAAUGGGCGGAAAUUCCCCAUGCGCUUCCUGCAAGUUGCUAAGGCGCCGGUGUGCCAAAGACUGCGUUUUCGCUCCUUACUUCCCCCCCGAUGACCCCCACAAGUUUGCCAUUGUUCACAAGGUCUUCGGUGCUAGCAACGUUAGCAAAAUGUUGCAGGAGCUUCCGGUUCAACAGAGAGCGGACGCUGUGAGCAGUCUAGUUUACGAGGCAAACGCAAGAGUGAGAGACCCUGUUUAUGGGUGUGUUGGAGCGAUAUCUUACCUGCAAAACCAGGUCACUCAGCUUCAAAUGCAGCUAGCAGUGGCUCAAGCAGAGAUACUAUGUAGCCAGAUGCAGCAAGGACCAGUGAUGCCAACCCAGCAGAUAAACGAAGAUGAUCAUGAGAAAUCAUAUUUUCUCCACGACAACCUGAUCCCACAGUACAUUAAUUUUGACUCAUCUAGCAGUACUGUAAUUCAUGACUCUUUCAAAAGAGAGAGCAUAUUUCGACAUGACAUGGUUUCUUAA